AUGGUGUCAGAUGGUGGUGACGGACAAGCAACGCCCCGAGUCGCGGUGCGGGUAGGUCUGUGUGUGGUGACAAGCGGUGUGCUGGGUGGCGGUGGUCAGUCGAUUCUGUUGGUUAAUGUUCCAUGCAACAUCUUGUCCAAAGUGGUAACAGUCGAAUGUGGGAACUGUAAUACUAUCCUUUCAGUCAACAUGAUGAAGGCCUGUCUACUCCCAUUUCAAUUCUUUUUCUCCACUCAACCAGCAAGAAGAAAACAAGAUGAAGAUGAAGAUGAAGAUUCUAUUCAAUUUAGCAAAAUUAUCCACAAACCACCAAAUAAGAAACAACGUGCAUUGUCUUCCUACAAUUGCUUCAUCAGGGAAGAGAUUAAGAGGCUGAAGAUUGAGCAUCCCAACCUGACUCACAAGCAGGCUUUCAGUGCUGCUUCUAAAAAUUGGGCGCAUUUUCCACAAAGUGUUGAAUACAGAGGUGGAGAAGCUGAUUUGGCAAUUUUUGAAAAAUAAUGAUGAGGUGAUCAUUGCAUUUCCAAUGUUUCUACUUGUUUUCUUAUAAGAUUUAUGUCCUAAAAUUGUACUUAUUGAUGAGCAAAAGUUUGAUACAAGAUGGUUAUUGAGUUGUUUUCCCAACUAUUCAUUGGAUUUUUCAUUAAUUGUUUACAU